AUGGCAUCAGUGGUCGACGAUCUGCCUAAGCCAUUAUUGGAGGAUGACUUCUUCAACGGGUUAGGAAUGAGCUGCAACGGGAGGUCAGUUUCAUUGGGCCUGUCGGACUUGAUGCGCUGAUGACCCUCGCCCAGAAGGCAGAAAACAAAAUGUCUGGGAAUUUCCGAACUGCCGAGGCACCGCGCAUCCGAACAUUUGGGCCAACUAAGGAGGUCGUAGAUCCUUUUCCACCCCGUCUAAGAGCGCCGACCGAGCCUGUCACUCAAGAGGCAAUCCCGAAACCCUCCAUUCACUGUGGGCAAACGGAAGAUCUGCUUGACUACAACCGAAUACGAGACACGACGCGCAAAGGGUUUUGUUUCGCCUGUAAUGAACCUUAUGUCCCGGGCCACCACUGCCGCUCCACGCUAAAGGUCCUGUUGGUCCAGGAUGAACCAGAAACGGGAGAAACCAAGGCAUCCCCAGAAUGGCCACCACUGCAGGUAGGACUGUCCACCAUGGAAGUAGAUCUCCAUGCGAUAACUGAGGAAGUUUCAGUUGGUACAUUCAAGAUGCAAGGGACCAUCCGGCAACAGCCAGUCUCCAUCCUUAUCGACAUUGGUGCGUCUCAUAAUUUUAUCGCCCUUCCCACAGCCCGACGAUUGGACCUUCCGGUCAUCACCGUACCCCCAUUCCGGGUUACCACCGGAUCGGGAGAAAGGGUGGCCGGCAACGGCAUCUGCUACAACCUUGCUGUCGACAUCCAAGACUUCGAGGUCACUAAUACCUUCCUCAUCCUUCCCGGAUAACCGCACAUCUUCGGCGAAGAACGCAUCAUGUAUUUAGGACACGUCCUCCCUCUCCGCUGACUGGGUGACUAUGGAUCCAGAGAAGAUCACAAUAGUCACCAGCUGGCCAUCUCCAACAACCCUCAGAGAACUUCGGGGAUUCUAGGGGUUCACCGGCUAUUACCGCCGAUUCAUUAUAGGAUAUGGGACGCGACAGCUGAAACGCGACGCAUUUCAUUGGAACUCAGACGCAGAGGCCGCGUUCCAACAGCUCAAGAAUGCACUGAUCUCCGCUCCAGUUCUUGCCCUCCCCGACUUCUCUUUACCUUUUGA